GGCAGUCCGGCCCCGCUCCCUGCCGGGAAGCAGAAAGGCCACGGAUUUUUGGCAGGGGCGGCUCGGGCAUCCCGCGCGGAGGCUGAGGUGAUGCUGCUAAUUAUAAUUCGGGAGAGCAGAGCUGCAAGAGUAAGAGCGAAGGUGACGGCAUCCGCGGGCCGAGGCCCCGCCUCCCGGGAGGGGAAAUAAAAGCCGCGGGCGCCGGAGCCGGAGCACAGCGCUCCCAACUCCCGGAGAGGAAACAGCUGAGAGCAAAGAGCUGAGAGCAGCAGCAGCAGCAGCAGCAGCAGCAGCAGCAGCAGCAGCAGCAGCAGCAGCAGCAGCAACAACAUCAUCAUCAACAACGAUGCUUUGCCGGAUGCACCUCGCUCCAUUCGCCUCCAGCUCCCUGGCCACCCGGCUGGGCACGGUGAGGACCCUCUGGCCGCACGCAGAGACCAUCUUCAGCGAGCUGCAGCAGGAGAUGGAGAAGGCUCGGCAGUUCAUGAGCAGCUUCGAGCAGCUCCUGAGCAGCCACGGACCCGUCACCGCAGAGCAGGCUCCGAGCAGCAGCGCAGCCCCGGCCCAGGGCUCCGGGGAGGGCUUCUCCGUCUGCCAGGAUGUGAAGAGCUUCGCCCCCGAGCAGCUGUCGGUGAAGGUGGUGGGCAGGAAGGUGGUGCUGGUGGGGCAGAAGGAGACGCAGAGCACGGACGAGAAGGGCUCCUUCUCCUACAAGUACGAGGUGCUGAAGCGCGAGUGGGACGUGCCCGAGGAGGUGGACGCCGAGGCGCUGAGCUGCUCCCUGUCGCCAGAGGGGCAACUGCGCAUCGAGGCCCCCCGGCUGGCCCUGCCAUCUGCUGCUGAGAGGAACGUGCCCAUCCAGGUGAGCCCCGCGGCUCCGCAGCCCGGGGCAGCCAAGGAUGGAGCUGUCAGCAAAGCCAAGGCGUGAUGGGACGGAACGGCGGUCUGCAUCGGGACCAGCAGAGGCGGCAGUGAGUCUUGGGCUGUAGCCCAGACAUCCUCCAUCCACCGUGUUUUUCACUAUACUGGAACGUUCUUCUUUUUGUAUCCAAUAAAAAAUCCUUUUGCAUAGAA